GGCUCCCUCUUCUUGUCGCUUGUCGUCGCCAUUGAUCCCAAGCCUACCUUGGUGUGGCAACAGCACAGCGAUGGAUGCAAACGAUAGUGUGAUCUUGAAAGCUCCGCUUGUGGAGGUUGGCGCACGACGAGAAGCUACCCUAGAGCGGCUUCUGUUGAAAGUGGACGCUUGUGAGGAUCUUGCGAUCCAUGGAUCCUUUGUGAAGAGUUUGGAUAACGCAACGUGCCUUUGGGACCGAUGCUCUUGCUCCUCGGCAACACUGAAGCACCUCAUGUUGACGCGCUUCUUGACUGGAUCUUUUCCGUUGCAGGCAAGCACUCUAACGUCGCUACUUCAAUCAUCACUGGGUCGUCAGCUGGAAUCGUUGGACCUCACUGCGGUUGACGUCCAUGACGACGAAGCUGGAGAAUCGAGCAGUGACCAAGGUGGAUUUGCCAAGGUUCUACAAGCUGUUAGAAGUCUUGGCCAACUAAAAAAAUUGUGCUUGGACGAUAUCUUUUUCGAAGAACGGGCUCAGCAGCACCGAUACGGUAUUGAUUCUAUAUUGCAGGCACUAACAGCGCCAGGAUCAACCACAGCGACUCAUCUCGAAGCGCUGCAAGUCGUCCAGGUCUUUCAUCGCGGAGGCAACAUUUCAACAGCCACAAUGGAAGCAGUGUGCCGCUUACAAUGUUUGAAAACGCUCAAGCUAACGGGGGUUCGGUUGCCCCACGAUCUUGUGACUGCCAUGACGGAGACUUUGUCGUCAAGACAAGAGCACGCACAAACGCUGGAGCAUUUGCAUUUGGAUGCGGCCGUCAUUAGCCGUGAUUCCUUCGUGUGUAUUGCUCGCAUGUUGCAGCACAAUCGCAGUAUUCAAAAACUGGAAUUAUUGCGUCUACGUCGUGAUGAAUUCCUGGGGAAACCGGUCCAAUCAGACCAAGGAUUGGAUGAUGCCAUUGUCCGAGAGUUUGCGAUAGCUCUUCGACGCAACAACACCCUGCUCGAACUGCAUGCAUCACCUGUGGGGGCUGUUACAGAGGUUGGAUACUCAGAAAUGGAAAUGUUGUUGCAACACCACAAUCACACUCUGGACCAACUUGUUGCAACGGUUGGAUUGAGCGCAGAACACGAUGAGAUUAUGUUUCGGGUACAGCGACUGCUUCAGUUGCACAAUUUUGGAUUGCGCCAAGCGGAGAGCAUGUCCAAAGCCAUUUUUCUCGAUGCCUUGAUUUCAUGCUGCAGCGAAAUCUCUCUCGAUUGCCUCUUUUAUCUUUUCUUUGCCAACCCGUCUCUUGCCAGAUUCCUUCAAUGAUGUCGAUUGAACGCCGCAACCAGCAAUUACUUGAAUGAAUGUUGCAAUGCGCCUCAUGCCGUUGCACGAAGCAGCCAGUAAAUCUUGUCCAACAACUCCUUUGCCUCAGGUGUCCUUUUGCCUAAUGUUGCCUCAGUGAUAUCAAGCGACGUUCUAAGCGCAUCCAAUGCUCCCUCAUAGUCUCCUUUGCUUUGCAAGGCGCCACCAAUAUUGUUGUAUGAUCCCACCAACUUGUAAUGGUUCGCCCCAUAGACUUCCUCUCGAAUCUUUAGCGCCUUUUUGUGCUCUUCAACUGCUUCAUCAAACCUGCCCAUUUCGUGGAGCACACUCCCAAUGUUGUUGUAGCUUGUGGCGACAUCGGGGUGAUCUGGACCCAGAACAGCCUGCUUUAUCUUGAGUCCUUUUCGAUAAGCCUCCAAGGCUUCGGGGUAUUUGCGCUGGUACUGCAAGAUCGCGCCAAUGUUCGUGUGCUGCGUGCUGUGUAAGCGUGAUCUUCACCAAGUACACUUUCAAAUACGGCCAAGGCCCUUUCGUACUCUACAAGCGCACCUUCCAAGUCCCCUUUGGCUUUGAGAAUCAUCCCAAUGUUGUUAAUGGAGGCAGCCGUGUCGGUGUGGUCUUUACCCAAAAUGUUUUCCUCAAUGGCCAAGGCUUUCCGUGUCUCUUCGAGUGCACCAUCAUAGUUGCCUUUAUUGAAGAGCUGGCUCCCCAGGAUCCCAUAGAGACUGGCAGUGUCGGGGUGAUUGUGACCAUUGCAUGUUUCGCGUAUUGCAAUGGCUUUUCUGCAGUGUUCAAUGGCCGAAUCGUAGUCUCCCAUCUCCUCCAUCACUGAACUAAUACUCCCAUAAGACUCGCCAAUGGCCUCGUGAU